GAAGAUUCAAUCUUUCGCAAGAAGAGCAGAGCAGAGCAGAGCACGCUGACUCCCUUUAGAAUCUCGGCCUGCUUGGAGCGCGAAGAUUGUGCAUGCCAAGCCCGCCGUGGUUUCUUGGGCGUUUGAUCCGUUUCUUGUCUGGGUCCCAUCAUCUUCUAUCUCGAUGGCAGUCGCGGCCCGGGUGAUGAUUGGUGUUUGACUGUGGUGUGCAGUGCUGUUGAUUGUAAUGCAGUGCUAUUGCUUGGGUGCUCGCUGCCUUCGAAUCUCUGCUCUUCUCCUCCGCCCUUGCUGCAGUGCUGUUGCUGGUGGAGACAUUUGUUCUUCGGUCCCGGACUUGUGAUACGUCGCUCGAAAUCCGCCUUUACCACUGGUGCGAAGCAAGUCGUUUGUUCCUCCGGGGAGAUAAGGGUGUGCCGAUUGUCGGAGUCAGUCUGUCAGGUCUGUCUGGACGUGGGUGGUGGAUCGAUCACCCGAUUCCAUACAGGCUGAAAUUGCCUACAUUUCAUCGGUUGGAUCGACGAGUUCGACGUGUUUGGCCUUGUUGCUGCCGCUGUCAGCGAGGCCGUCAGUCCGUCGUUGGGUCGGUCAAAUGCACUCCAUUUUGCGACGACGACCAACGAGGACCUGCAUUGCUCUGCGCCGGUCUGAAAGCUCGAAUUAAAAGGCGGAAAUUUUGCGUCUCGUGCCGACGAGGAUCUUCUGACGGUGACGAUCUUUUCCGGAUCUCAAUUGUGCAACGUUCCGGCACUUGUACGAGUGUAGGGUUUCUUAUCUCGCCUAGAAUGGAGCUUUGAAUUGUUGUCGGACGAGCAUAUAUUUUGCAGCGGACGGGAGGACAAGUCCGGGAGAAUUUGGUGAGAUUUUUCGAAUGGCGGUGCAGGAGAGUAGAGUGAAGAAUUACAUGGGCGUUGUUGGCGGCUCUUGGUUGAGAGCAGCAGCUAUUGCGUCAGGCACGGGAUGAUGAACUCUCUGUUUAUAUUAUCUCUUCGUGCUGAAUUUCGAGCUGUAGGAAUUGGCACCCGCUGGACAGUUUGAUACGCGAAUUUGGCUGUGGGUAGCGCUGGGGUAGAGGUAGGGCAGCAAUGGCGCUGGAUCCGCCGCAGACCGAUGGAGAAUCGAAGGAACGAAAAGUUGGUGCAUUCCGUGCUCCACAGGAGAAUUUCACCCAGAAUCAUUUUCUGUUUGGAAAGAUCCUUGGAUUGGGUUCUUACUCGAAGGUGGUUAAAGCGAAAAAAAGGGACACUGAACAGGAGUACGCUCUAAAAAUCAUGGAAAAGAGACAUAUUGUGCGAGAGAAGAAGGUGCAAUAUGUUAAGAUGGAGCGCCUCAUACUUGAUCAGCUGGACCAUCCUGGCGUCACAAGACUGCAUUUUACUUUCCAAGACAGUUUGUGUCUGUACAUGGGUAUGGAGUGCUGUAACGGAGGGGAACUUUUUGACCAAAUUAGAAAGAAAGGUCGACUCUCGCUCGAAGAAGCCCGCUUCUAUGCGGCAGAGAUUGUCGAUACUCUGGAAUAUAUACACAGCGAGGGUUUGAUACAUCGUGAUAUCAAGCCGGAGAACAUAUUGUUCACAUCAGAAGGACACGUGAAAAUAGCCGACUAUGGAAGUGCCAAGAUGCUGAGGCCUUUCACAAACGGUGUAAUCACCUGUGAUCCAGAUGAAAAGAGUUGCACAUUUGUGGGAACAGCAGAGUACGUAGCUCCGGAGGUUUUGAACAGCAAGCCAAUUUCUCCACGUGUUGAUAUGUGGGCAUUAGGGUGCGUGAUCUAUCAAAUGCUGGAAGGGAAGCCUCCUUUCAAAGCAGCAAGUGAGUACCUUACAUUCCAGAAAGUGAUGGCACGCGAUUUUAUCAUGCCUCAACAUAUGCCAGCCGAGGCAAGAGACUUGAUCGAGAAUUUACUGAACUUGGUACCAGAGAAGAGGCCAGAUUGCAAGGCAGUGAAGGAACAUCCCUUCUUCUCCGGCGUGAAAUGGGAUGAAUUGUGGACCAGUCAACCUCCGCCAUUGUGUUUACCAACAGAGGCGGCCGAUGAUUGGGAUCUUGCACAAGCUGGCGACGCUUUAGAGGUAUUUAACCUAAAUGAAUCCUCUAGUGAAUCUGGAUCAUCGUCCAAUUCGCAAGCUUCUAGUCCGAAAGUCAGUGGUGGAGGAGAUUUGGCCACGAGCCCUUCUGCAAAGAAGAGGGGUUCUGCACCAAACUUAUCCAGUUCUUUGACCGGUGACUGUAAAUUGGAACAAUGGCAGAGAUUUCUCAGUCCAGGCGAGAAGCUUCUUGGAACGUCAUUGGUAAGGAAGUACUGUGGUAUGAGUAUGAAGAAGCAGCAGCUACUUCUUACUGACAAACCGAGGCUUAUUAUUGUGGACAUCAAGAACAUGAGCAUUAAGCAAGAAAUUCCGUUGUCUAAGGAUCCACAGGAAGUUUAUGUGGAGAUCGAAGACCAAUGCAGAUUUUCUAUACGGACGCCAAAUGAUAUUUGGCAUUUCGAGGAUUUGAAGAAACUUGCUCAUAGUUGGAGAAACGCCAUAGAAAGUCUUCAGAGUAAUCAAUCUAAAGAAGGACCUGAUUGUCGGAAACCUGAAGAGGUGGAGAGUAUGUCACCUCCUGUGCCCGAUGGAAGACUACCCGAGAUUUCAGGUAUUGUGAGUGUUAACGAUGCCAUCAAGUCACCACCUAAAGAAGCAGGUGAUUUCCAUGUCGAUCAGAGCGCAGAUCCUGCUCUGGAUGCUGACUUUGAUCGUGAUCUGGAUUUAGGAAGAGCAGAAUCCGCCGCACAAGAAGGUGAAAAGGAGUAUGUUGACGUGUCAUAUGCUGUAGGACAGGGAUGCUCAGCUGAUCAAAGCACGUCCACUCACGAGAUCCUUCAACAGCACGAAUUGAAGGUCGACUGUAAAGAAAAUAAAACACAGUAGUUACUAUGGCAAUUGUUGAUAUUGAUCAUUUGACUCAAACCACGAUUUACAUCGAAAUUGGUAAUUUCUCAUGAUACACAUGAGGAAUGAAAAUUUGUACCGCCAAGUCUGUGCGUAGUACCAUUGGAACUGUUGGGUUUCAGAGCUAGCUUCUAGGGAAGUUCGUUCAACUUAAUAUUCUCACCGCAAGAGUUCCAUCGUUGUGCACCUCACUACACACUUGUAGUGUGUGCACAAAUCGACAAGAAUGAGUACAGAUACCAUUUGUGAUUACCACUUCAAGCAGCUCUACUCCAUUGUGACUUUCAGGUUAAACAAGUGGAAAAACUUCUAGUACAUGUGUUGUUCAACGAGAUGUAGUGUCUCGAUUGGCGUAUGCUGACUUUUCCACUAGAUCGAGUGUGCAAAAGCUCGUUGUGAUUGACACUUGAGCAGCUCUAAUCCACCGUACUUUAGAGAUUACAAAAGUUGAGAAAAAUCCUAAAUUUUCUAUAUUCUGCAGAUAUAAAGGUAGUGCCUCCUUGUGCCUGAAUUCCACCGUACUUUAGACAUUACAAAAGUUGAUAAAAACCCUAAAGUUUCUAUAUUCUGCGGAUAUAAAGGUAGUGCCUCCUUGUGCCUGAAU